UCCGCACAAGAAACUUGAUAGCUCCCAUCUUUUUGCACAGGACACUCACUUACAUGUCCCACAGAAACUCAAGGAAUAACAUCAAAAGAGGUGAUCUUUGGGUCUGCGCCCAGCUGAGUUUGCUGCAGAGAGAGAGACUGCAAUAAAAUGUUUGAGCAGGACACGGUUUCUCUUGUAUGGCUUCUUGGAAAAGAAGGGGGUACACAGCCUGCCUUAAAUGUACAGGGUCUCAGGUAAUUUGGCUCAUUUUGUGUGUUUAACCCUAAAGAUACCAACCAGGCUGUUGUAGCUACUAAAACAUGGGGUAUAGUAUCUACUGGAAUUUUUAAGAUGAGCAUUAAUGGAGCCCUUCUGUCAUUUUCUCUGGUCAUUAAUGAUGAUUUAAAUCAUUAUCGUAAUAAGGAUGUACAAAAUUAUACACGUUCCUGUUUAGGUUAUAGUUAUAUUAUUGUUACAUAUUUCCAUGAUUAUAGAGAAAAAUAAGAUUCGAAGACUUACUACCGAACUAAUCACAUCUCUACAAAAAGUCAGUAUUUAUAGUUUAGACCCUUCUUCUUCAUGACUUCUAAAAUCGUUGGUAGCAUGCUCAAGAUCAGCUUCUGGGGCAAGUCUUAUUAUUGGUGAUCCGUUCCUUCCUCCAGAGCUCCAAGUUGAUCACAGGUUUGUAACUGAUUAUUGCUAAAAACUCAAACAAUCACCAGCUUCUUCCAGCGAUCCAGGAGGAGUUUGGUAAGAAGCUACACAUCAAAUUAACAUUUCAACAGAUCUUAAUCCAAUCGAAAAUCUAUGGGCAGACUUUAAAAGUGAUUGGACAAGCAGGAGGCCACAGUCUGAUAAACUUGGAGCUCUGAUAAGGAACAAAUGGAUCAACAUCAAUCAGGAAAGGAAAGCCCAAAGUUUCAAUGUUUAUGUCCUGUAUACAGUUAAGAUGCCAAAUAAUGGAAGAAUUACCAACAAGUUGAAAGCCUAUAAAGUUUCAGAAAACAUUUAGUGCAUCAGUCACUGAAAAGUUCUAAAGUAAAUUUAAAAAUCCAUAGCAAGCCAUAUAAAUGACUGAGCUCGUAAAUGAAGUUGAAAUUUCCUGUAAGCAGGAGCAUUUCCAUUAAAAUAAUAGCUUGAAUGUUACAGUCCUGUAGCAGCAGUGUGGUGCUGGAUGCUUGGCGGCGUAUAGAUGUUAAUGGUUUUUGUAGUUCCCUCUGCAGCGGUCAUUAAAAUGAGACUGCUUGGGCCUGAAGACAGCCUACAGAUGUGAAGGUUACCUCACAGCUGUUCUCAGUUACUUUGGCUCAUUAGAGUACAGCUCAGGUUAAAGCUGGACAGGACUUUAUUUAUGUUAGCUCUCCAGAGUACAUGCACUACAAAACUCAAACGGUGUGCAGCCAUUAUGAGCUGGGGGGACGUGCUUCUCUAUUUAAUUUUAUUUAAGAACACAUCAGGACUUGCCAGCGAUGCUGACUUAAACUGGCAGUUGAAUAAAAUACUUUCAAGCAGACACACAAACCAAAACGUCAGAAACGUCGUCAUCCUUCUGCUGAUAUUAAUUCAAUACCUAAUACCUCUUAUUGUGCGUUCACACCAUUUAAGAGUUUUGUCAGCCACGUCGUUUAAAGUGCCUUUUCCCUCACUUCACUCGAGUCUAAAAGCUCAAAGACGAAAAGUUUAUUUCAGCUUUUAAAGAUCACUGACGGCCUUUACCCUUCUUCUUCUUCUUCUCCUUCUUCUUCUUCUUCCUUCUUCUUCUUCUUCUUCUUCUUCCUUCUUCUUCUUCUUCCUCUUCUUCUUCUUCUUCUUCUUUCUCCUCCUCCUCCUCCUUUUUAAAGGGCACCUACUCUGCUAAUUUGUUUUCAUUCUUGGACUGUUAAAACAGCUUUGCAUGAUUCACAGUUCAAAAUAAUCCUCCUUUAUCUUACACUGAGCCUGGUGCAGUCUUCAGUGAAUCCUCUGUCUGAUAAAAAGCUUGCUUCCCACUUCCAACAGUUUUUUUUUUUUUAAAUAUAUAAAUAUUAUAAGAUAUUAUCAACAAAACACUUCAGUUUUAAAUGAAGCAUAUUUCCGUUUGACAGUUGUUAUUUACCAAAGGAAAUGCAAUUAUUCAACUAAGUUUCACCUCUUAUUUUUUCCUCUGGCUGUCCGUGACCCGUCAGUGUGGGCUGCAGCACCGUUUUAGAACAACUCCUUUUUGUUUAUGUCACAAAACGCUGGUUCGUAUGAACAGAAAAUUAACGGCAGAAACCUCAACAAUCAGAUGAUCUCCUGUGAGCAAGACUUGGAGAAGGUGGUGAGAAAGAACUCCAUUUUGACAAGAACGAGACUCUGCCUCGCGUCCUACUUUUAGAAACUCCAGGAAACGCGUAUAAGCCUGCACAGAGGUAAGUGCUGGUACUGUGUGGUCUUUGAGACAGGGCUGGGCGAUAUGAGGAAAACAUAAAAUCACAAUGCUUUUUGGCUAUAUCGCGAUACACGAUUUAUGUGUAACCAACCCUAACCCUGUUUAACUAAACUCAAAAAACAAAAGUUACUUUCAAACAUAUAUUUUACUACAUGAAUAGAAACGCCUUAUUUUAACCAUUAUCUUUAACCAUCAGUUGCCCACAGAGGUUUUCUCUAAUGACGACACUGUCACAGUGAACCUCGUUCUGUGGUCAACACCAGACCUUUAACAAACAGAAGAUCAAAGCAACAAAAGUACAUCAAGCAAGAUUUGAUGAGAGAAAAUAAAACGACUGAAUUUAAAAAGGUGCUUUUUUGUGCUUAUAACAUGUACAAAUUGUAAAAUUAAAAAAUAUGAUCACCUCAAAUUACAAAAACAAAAGUCUAGACAGUGACUAUAAAAACGACUGACCUAGAACAGUCACCGGUAUCACAGCUCAUUUAUUUAACAUUGACGUUGACAGGCAGCGGUUAAAACGGCCUUACCUUUGCAUUGGAUGACUUUUCAGCUGGUGGGAUAUUUUGUGGUACUUCUACUUUUUGCAGCAUGUUUUGCAAAUUACCGGAUUUUGUUCGGCGUCAUCCUCGUGGAAUCCAAAUGACAGCGAGUUUCAUUCCCUCUCGUCUGAAUCUGGUAGUAUAUAAGCGCCUGCUCAGCGCAGUGUGCUGGACAGAAAGUCACAGUGAAUUACAUACAGACAGCUUAAUAUUGUUUGGCAAUUUAUACUUGAUGGUUACAAUAAAGCCAUUUUAACCAUCGUACGCAGAAAAACACAGUGAAUUCGAUAUAUCGCCCACCCCUACUUUGAGAUGUGAUCGUUCAGGACUCUGAGUGUGAGGAGGAAGAUUUUAAAUGACAGAAGCUAAUAUUGAGAGGUGUCGUUAGCCCUUAUAAGAAAAACGAGUCAUUCAAUCUGCCUGCAGCUGUAUAACCCCGGGUGUAGUGUGCCGUAAUCCAGAUUACGUCCUUGUCCCGAGGACAAGAACCUGAUCUUCCUCCAGAAACAAGACGUUUGCCACUGAGUUUCUGCAUGUUUGGACUUUCAGUGGGCUGGUUGUACGAUUGCUAACUGCUGCCGUUUGUCUCCAUGUGCAGGAAAAAUUACAAGGUUGACAAUCUUCUGUUCAAAGUGGAGAAGAUGAGAGGGGAACAGGAGACUCACAGCUUGGCCUCCAAUCUUCAGCUCACCUUUACUGGCUUCUUCCAUAAAGCUGGAAAACUCUCUCAGGACAGCGAGAACGAGCAGAACUCGGUGUCUCUGGAGGUGCUCCUGGUCAAAGUCUGCCACAAGAAGAGGAAGGACGUGAGCUGUCCGGUGAAGCAGGUCCCCACGGGAAAGAAGCAAGUCCCUCUGAACCCAGACACGAGCGCCGGGGUCCAGGCCAAGCUGAGCUCCUACCCCUCCCUGCUGGUUCCCAGCAGCGAGUUUGAACCCAGCAACUCUCACAUGGUCAAAUCUUAUUCGCUGCUCUUCAGAGUGUCACGACCCGGGCAUCCACGAACACAGAUCAACGGGCUUGCUAAUGGCGAGAUUCACCACAGCAGAGACUUUUCAGAAGAAGCUGUGAACAGGAAAAGGAGGAGCUCUGCUCUCAGGGAGGAGGGAGAAACCACAUUUGUAGCUCAGAUGACAGUCUUUGAUAAAAACAGGCGUCUGCAGUUAUUGGACGGCGAGUACGAGGUGUCCAUGCAAGAGAUGGAGGAGUGUCCCGUCGGUAAGAAGAGGGCGACCUGGGAGACCAUCCUAGAUGGAAAGCGUUUGCCUCCGUUUGAGAGUUUCUCUCAGGGUCCGACUCUGCAGUUCACACUGCGCUGGACCAGCGACUCCGCCGAUCAUUCCACCGCACCCGUGGCCAAACCGCUCGCCACCCGCAACUCCGAAACCAACCAGGACACCCGACCCAGCACCCUGAGAGCCACGCACGCACCAACUGUGAAAGAGUCGGUAAAUACAGAUGUUCAAACCAGAAGAGAACAAGUCUUAUCUGAGCCUCGACAGAAACUACGAAUCUUCUACCAGUUUCAAUACAACAACAACACACGGCAGCAGACCGAGGCCAGGGAUGACCUCCACUGUCCGUGGUGCACACUGAACUGCAGGAAGCUGUACAGUCUCGUCAAACACCUCAAACUGUCCCACUCCCGCUUCAUCUUCAACUACGUGCCCCAUCCCAAAGGAGCAAAGAUUGAGGUCUCUAUCAACGAGUCUUACGAUGGGUCGUAUGCAGGAAAUCCUCAGGACAUCCACAGCCAGCCGGGCUUCGCCUUCAGCAGGAACGGCCCCGUGAAGAGAACCGCCGUCACCCACUUUCUGGUCUGCAGACCCAAGAGGACAAAGCCGAGCCUGUCUGAGUUUCUGGAGUCUGAGGAUGGCGAUCGGGAGGCGCAGAGGACGUACAUCAGUGGACACAAUCGCCUGUACUUCCACAGCGACAGCUGCCUGCCGCUGAGGCCCCAGGAGAUGGAAGUGGACAGCGAGGACGAGAGGGACCCCGACUGGCUCAAAGAGAAGACUGUAAAGCAAAUCGAGGACUUCAUGGACGUGAACGAGGGGGAGAAGGAGAUCAUGAAGCUGUGGAAUCUGCACGUCAUGAAGCGUGGCUUCAUCGCAGAUAACCAGAUGAACGAAGCGUGUCUGCUGUUUGCUGAACACCACGCCGCCUUCAUCGUCAAACGCAACCUGUGCCGCAAUUUCCUGCUCCAUCUGAUCAGCAUGCAUGACUUCAACCUGAUCAGCACGCUGACCAUCAACCAGGCCAUGGCCCGGCUCUGCCUCGUCCAGAGCCAGGCCACCCACAGAGACAAAGAGGAGGAGGACGACGAAGAGGAGGAGGAGGAGGACUGGGAGACGGCCGCGGAGUCCCAGCCGGAGCCGGAUCCUGACCCUGAUCCCGAUCUGACGGAGUUUAAAACCUGCAGUACCGAGACCGCCAACAGCUCCCUGGAGACUGGAAACCAACUGGUGGAGGACGGCGGCGAGAAGCCGCACGCCAAGCAGAAAUUGUCCGGCUUCGGCUCGGUUUUAAAGUGACUGCUCGGCUGGAGCGCCACAAAGAUUCCCGGACAGAGCGGGAAGACUGAGGCCUGAAUCAGCAAACAGGUGUUAGACACACACGGGUUACUGCAGGGAUUCUCAAAGGCAGGUUACACCAGGAUCAAAAUGAACUUCACAUCCUGGAAGUUACACAUUCAAAUCGAAGAGACGCUUUAUGGUUUCACAGUUCAUCAACGCUGAGAUCUUUGAAUUAUUUUUUAAUUAUUUUCAUGUUUUUUCCAUGUUGUUUGUCCUGUUUCUGUAAAUGUUUGAGUGUUUAACUCUGAGCUGCUCCAGUUUUAUUUCCAGCCUGACACAGCUGUGGAGUGAGCACAAAGCAGGUUCGGUCUUAGGGCUGGAGGUGCAGAAGACGGUCGUACGCCUUCUGCAGAUGACGAGUUGCCUUCAAAAGAGGCGUCAACAUUUCAUGCAGCAGCUGCGAAUUCAAACAGGAGGAGAUGGGCCGUCUGCUCGGGACUGUUUUCAGCAGCGGAGUGAUCCGUAUUUGGUGCUCUCUUUGGUGCUACUUUGCCUCUCGAGACUCUUCGUUGGUGCUCUGAGUCAUUUUGUGUUCACUCCAUCGUUCAAACCUCAUGUCAGUCUUCCUCAGAGUGAAGCAUCAAUCAGUGACCUUCCGGGCACCCUCAGCUCCGCCAAAGGUUUUCUUUUAGCAGGGAGUGUGUGCACAUGCUCAGUAGUGUCACGGUUACGGCGUCUGAUUGGGUGUCAAGAGUGUUGCUGCAAAAGGAAGUUUGACCAGUUAUUAUCAAGAAAGGUCAGGGUUGAACCGCUGAUGGUCGGGAGGUGGCUGAUCACAACUCGAGACGCCUGUUAGAGCCGUUGCUAUCAGGUGAUUUUACCUGGAGACGCCACAAAGUUCGUAUUAACUGUUAAUGAGACCGAUGCUCAAAGCUAAGAGACUCUCUGCACUUGUGUUAGUCUUUUUUCUCUCCCCCAUAUGUAUUGUUGUUGAGCCCCGCUCAUGUGAAAAUCAUGUUCAUAAUAAUUCUGCGAGUCAGAAUAUGAAGAAAAUAUAUUUUUGCUCAUACUGUGGAGCAUUACCUUUCACUAUCCGUGCAGCGAGCUCGAGGGAUCUCGUAAGAUCAAGGAUGUUUUCCGUGUGAUUCAGCUGCUUGUUAGCUCAAACACAACGAGACAAAAGUCUCCGAGCUUUCUUUGAUCGGGUUAAUCAGGAAGUUAAUCCUCAGGUUGGGUUAAUUUUUGGCAUCCAGUGAUCAUGAAAACAAGAUAAUAUUAAACAAAUGGUUCGUUUUUGCUGCAAUGCUCUGUGAAGACUUUUCCUUUGCAGGCGUUUUUCUCUCUUUUGCUGCUUUAGUUCAGCUCGAGCCGAGACAAUGAAAACUGACUCCUAACAACAAGUUUUAUGUGGAAGUAAAGGGUUUUCGCUGGAUCGUUAAAGGUUCCAGCUUCGUCUGUGUCGGAUCUGAGGGUUUAUUGAACCUGUGACUCUGCUGUACUCGUGGGCACACCUCCCCUACAGUUAUGUUUUUCUUUAAACUACUGGUGCUAAAUGUUUUUACUCCUCAGUGCAUCUCCUUUCUUACAACAGAUCUCCACUGCCAGCUCUCCAACAACGAGAAGCAUGUUUAGUUGUCUGUUUCGUUUUUUUUAAAGCGACUCUCUUUUUCCUACAGUGCUGUUUUUACCGUGCUCUGAGCCCAGGACAACAAAAAACACUCGCUGUGCAGCAAAACUGGACAAAAAAGCUCCUCAGAGCUCAGAGAGGCUUGGAAAGGCCACGUUCCUACUGUUGUAAUCUAAAAAAAAUUGAUAACUAUAGGGUUAAACUGUUUAUGCAGGUGCUGGUUCCAGUUUCUUUAAAAUAAGAAAUUGCUGCUUUAUUUUGAAAUUAUUAUAAACUGAAUAGUUUAAGUUUUGGACUGAUACAAGUUUGGCUGGUCUGUUUUGUGUUUUGUUUGUUUGUUUGUUUGUUUGUUUUCUUUUAUUGAUCAAUGAAAUUGUUUAAAAAAAGAAAAAAAAAGAGAAAAGAAACAAGAAAAGCCACUUAUAAAACGAAUGGUUCCACAGGGUUGUGAUGUCGCUUUAUGGUGUGGCGUUAAUGCAAUAUAAAUAAUGUUGCUCCAACCAAAAAAAAACAUGUUUUGAUUAGGAGGGGAAAAAAACACCUGGAAGUCUAAAGUUGGCUGGAGGAGGUGAUGGUGGAUGGAUCAAAUCCAGGCCUUUCACACAGGACGUUUGGGGUUUGAGUCCACCAUGAUGGGAAAAGUUAGUACUGAUUUAUCACUUUUAGACCAAGCGACACACUCGGAGACUGAAAUAAGUAUGAAAAUGUGCAGUUCCUGUAGCGACCACCAGAGGCUCCUGCAGUGGAUCAGUCUAUGUUAAAAUGUCCAACUUUAAUUUGUUUAAAUAAACAUGUUUUCAGCCAGAUAUAAAAAAAUAAAUACAUUUCUGGAUGGUUUCUUCCUUCAGAAAAACUGCACAGCUUAAAGUGGCCACUCUGACACGUGGGUCAAACCAUCUACUUCAUGUAGAUGAUGUCAUCUCGCUUUCACAUUUAGGCUAAUGCUACGCAGCUUGGUUAGCACAUUUCAUAUCCAUAAAGUUGAUACAGCACACAGACAUGCAUGUCUGUUAAUUGGUACUAAGAAACUCUCUAAAACUGGAUGCUUUUCCUUUUGGAUUUUUGUUUAUUAGAAUUGGACAGGUCCAUGUUGAGACAGGCAGCUGUAGAUGUUAGCUCCUAGGGUGCACUGUAUUCUUGCUAACCAAACUAGCUAGCAUUAGCUGAUAGCUUGGUACACCAGUUUUCAUCCAGUCUUUUCACUUCUGGCUCCAAAAAUCAACAUUGUUGGAGGCCAAACUGUGAAGUCCAGAAUCCAGCAGGUGAAGGCACAGCAACUUCGUCCAUCUUUUAGCUUUCUUUACCCCCACGAAUCUGCAAAAUUGUGACAUCACAACAGUGUGACUGGUCCUGGAGCAACAUUAAAAUGAUGAGGCGACACCAUGGCGGCACAUGUAGUUACUGAACACGCCCACUACACCUGUUAUAUAUAAAUGUAAAUAUGACUGUAAAAAAAAAAACCGAUAGCUUUGUGAUAUGUAUGUUUUUGAAACUCAAACACCAUCAGUGACAUUUUAGUAGGUGUUUUUUAGUUAAAGGACCAAAUUGGGAUUCAUUUCCUGCAGAUUUCUUUGCUCUUAUGUGUCCUGCGUCAUGUGACUCCUGGAUCCCUGCUGCCGUCAUUUAACCUCGAGAACACGCCGGGUAAAGAUUAGACAUGACAGACGAAUCGCACCGGGAGCAUUUCAGUCUCCACGGGCAAUUUUAUUUUGAAAAUUAAAACCGUGCUCCUGUAUAGACUGUAUAUGAAUGUUGGAUGCAUCUAUUGUGGACCCUCUGUGUAGGUUUUUCGCGAAACAACAGGAGUAGUAACUCCUGGAGUUCUUCCAUUCUCCUGCAAGAGGGUCCCCAAAACACUCGAGGGCGCUGCCACAGAUUUGUAAAUGAAAAUAUUUCAUCACCCCACCCACUAGUAACAGAGUCAGGCAGUCCAGGUGCUGAUGUUUUACCCGUGCCAUUUUAGCCUAAAUGCAGUACGAGCCUCCAGAUGUGGGCAGCUGUGAGGCCAUGGGAGCAUAACGUCAGACAUGAUCAUUUGGAUGUAUUUAGAGCUUAUCGAUCUUUUUUGUGUUGUUUUAAAAAGCUUUAUGCCUGCUGGUGACUGAUCCAGCCUGCUGAAAUCUGCAGAUCUGAAACCUUGUCUUUGUUCACGAGACCCAGCAGCGUUUUGCACAAUACGGGAGGAGCCGUGUCGGCCAAACGAGACUUUUCUUUAACAAUAAUGUAAAACUAGUUCGAGUCACAAUGGUUUUCUAUUAAAAAGGACAAUUUUGUAAUAA